AUGUCUACGUUCGCAAAACCUAAGCUGAAGGCAGCUAGAGAAGCCAUCGGCAAGAAGGAUUGGACCAAAGCCCGUGACACGAGUGCUGAGGUUCUCGAAUAUGAGCCGGAUAACUACCACGCACAUGUGUUCUUAGGGCUUUCCUGCUUUGAGCUAGGCGAAUACCAACAAAGCGAGCAAUACUCCAGGAAGGCUAUCGAGUUGAAUCGUGAUCAACCACUAGCCUGGCAGGGAUUAGUGAAGUUGUACGAGCGGACUGAGAGAUGGGACGACCUUCAUGAUACGGUGCAGGCAUUGGCGGAUCUUUGGGCUAAGUCAAAGGAUGCGGUCAAGUGCGCUGAAAAUCUCCAAAAAUUGGUGGAUCUCCGACGUGACCACGGAAGUAGCCAAGAUGUUGUCACUGCACUGUCCAACUUCCUUCCGGAUUCCCCAUACUACGACACACUUUCAUUACUGCCUCCCCCCGAUCCAACGAAUCCGACAGGGACGACAACGUUCUUCGCGCAAUCCGCAAUCCACAAUUCCCUUCCGAUAUUGGAAGAGAUCGUAGAGCUGUCUGAGCGGGCGGAGGAAAACUCGAUCGAGAAAGAGAUCGAGAAGCGGAGAACUCGACUUGGCGCCUCCAGUGCUCAGCAGCUACGCCUCGAGGUUGGCCGGGAAUAUUGGUCUAUCUCUAAGUUACCUAGACUAUACACCGACAUAAUCAACCACCCCAAUACCAGCGACGAACUGCGUCGGGCUACGGAAUCGAAGCUUUUGCGGCAUAAGCAACGCUAUCUGUUUGCUCUGCCUUCGUCGGGUGACGCGGCAUCUACGAAAUCACAGCUCGCUGAGGAAGUGCAAGAUCUUGUGAAUGGUGCUGUAUUGCUCGAAAUCCCGGACGAGCUCGCAUGGGAGCUCUAUAUCGCAAGCAAAGACGUCGAUACCCUCGAGGCAUAUGAUUUUGCACUGUUCCGUCGCUUCAUGUGUAUCUUCCCUUCCUCAGACUUGACCAAGCUGCUCCAAGGUUUCUUCGCAUAUGCACAGAUACCUCCGAGGGAAGAAGGCGAUGAUGAAGCAGUUGAUGAACAGCCUCCAGAAGAAGACCCAUAUGAUACUAUCCUCGACGCAUUCACUUCAUUGAACGAAUCGGUGCUUGCUCAUCGGAUCCUUUGCGAGGUUUAUACGCUCGGGGCCGAUCAUGAGAAUGCUAUCCGGGCUAGCGAGUCAGGACUGGAGCUUGUGGGAAAGACGGAACAGAGCUGGGGGAAGAAGUUUCCGCAAACGAGAAAGGCGUUCCGUAUCGCUUUAGCUACAGCGCUCGUACACUUCUAUCCGCCGAAGCACCACGCGCGUGCAUUAGGGAUACUGGAUGAUGUGUUGGCCCAAGACCCUGACAACGUCCCAUGCCUCAUGGGUAGAGGGUACGUCAUGCAAUAUGCCGGAAACUGGGAAGCCGCAGGCUCGCUUUUCGAGCGAGUCACGGAGGUAGAAGAUGAGCAUCCGGAACAUGGGCUUCGUGCUCGGGAGGAACACGCAUGGUGCCGAAUGCACCUCGGCGAUGCUUCCAGGGCCGCAGAGGCGUUGCAAGUUGUGCUCGAUAGCCUCGAUCACCUUCAGGAACACGGUCAGGACCAGGCUCGGUGUUGGUGGAGGCUUGGGCAGUGUAUCUGGCACGCCCGCGAUGGAGACAAAGACGUUGCCUAUCGCCACUUCAUCACCGCCCUUAAACGUUCAUCCACGUUCGCACCCGCGUUCACAUCUUUGGGAAUAUACUACUCUGAGUAUGCUUCCCCUCCUGAUCCGACCAGAGCCUCCAAAUGCUUCCAGAAGGCGUUCGAGCUGGACGCUCGUGAGAGUGAUGCAGCGCAUAGGCUCGCGCAAGGGUUCGCCGAAGAAAGGGAGUGGGAUCUUGUGGAGGUUGUGGCAAGGAGAACAAUUGCGGGAGAAGGAGGUCUCGGGGGAGGAAUCGACGUGGAGGAGGGGGCCGCCGCUGCUCGCCACCUUCCCACCAACGUAUGGGCGUGGAAGGCCGUUGGUAUUGUCGAGCUAACUAGACGAAACUACCCAGCCGCCAUACAAGCACUGCAAACGGCUCUUCGUGCCCAUCAACAGGACCACACAUCCUGGCUCCGGCUCGGAGAUGCCUAUUACCGAGCUGGUCGUUAUGCUGCUGCUUCGAAAGCACUCGCUCGCGCAAAAGAAUUGUGCCCUGAUGACUGGAUGUGCUCCUUCUUCAUCGGCGAGGUUCAAAGGCAAACAGGGUUCUUCCGGGAAGCUGUAGACUCGUUCGAGUCAGUCUUGGAGGAUAGGCCUGAGGAAUUGGGCGUCCUGAUGGCACUGGCACAGACAUACCUAGAUCGAGGAUUACUAGAAAGCUCGUCGGGCUUCAUCUCACGAGCAGAAGAAUCUUGCCUCAGUGCAAUCAAGGCAGCGCAGCGGGCGAUCGAGUGCGGAUCAGGGUUCCGUCAUCUGCAGCUCAAGAUCAUCGGAGACGCCUUGUACCACCUUUCCUCGCGACCAGCGUUCACCAAUGAACAGGUCGUGCGGCCUGUUGUCAAUUCUGUCCAUUCACUGGUCGGCGAUGACGUCAGCGAACGGAUCUCCGGGUUCGUCGCAUCCAACCCGCUGAAAGCGGCUCUUAGCGUCUGUGGCGUAGAACUACUAGAAAGUGCGCUCUUCGUAUAUGACCACCGCCUAGAUCUUGGAUUUCACGACGACGCAUCUGCGGCAAGCGCUUGGUGCGACCAGGCCGUUGCCUGCUACAAAUGGGGAAUGGUGUCCCAGGCAGAGGAACAACGGAAUCUCGCCUUGAAGAGAGCAACGGCAAGUAUGACUGAAGCGGUCAAAGCCGAUCCCGGAAAUGACACCUAUUGGAACCUGCUUGCCUGCAUGUCACUUCGAGAAAGGCCCAAGUUCGCACAAAAUGCAUAUAUCCGAGCCUUAGAGAUCGAUAACAAGAAUCCGGUUACUUGGACGCAUCUUGGCUUGCUGUAUCUCUAUCAUGGUGACGCGGAACUUGCCAACGAGGCUUUGUAUAGAGCGCAAACUCUUGAUCCUGAUUACACACUCGCUUGGGUGGGCCAAGGGCUGGUGGCGACCGCGAACGGCCACGAUACUGAUGCCAGGGCCCUCUUCGAGCACAUCAACAACAGCUUGACCCCGACGGUUGUGGCGGCAGAUCUUGAAUACGCAUCACGGACCUUCGAGCUGCUGUCUAGGCCCUUACACGGGCGUGCAAGAUCAACGGAAGAGUUCGUGCCAGUGUUUUUCGCCCUAGAUCGUUAUUGUAAGCGGCGCCCAGAAGAUGCCUCUGCCCUCCAUUUGUUUGGGCUUGUAUGCGAGCGUAUCGGUCACAUCGAGCUGGCCGUAGAGCUGGUAACACGUUCGAUCGAGAUUCUGGAAGGCAUUUACGAGGACACGGAAGACGCCACCGUCGAGCGACAGUUCGUGAUUGCAAACACCACUCUCGGAAGAAUGAGGGUGGCCACGGGCAACUUUCCGGGUGCACUAGAAUCUUUCGAGACCGCCCAGGCACUCGUUCCGCUGGAUUCUGAUGACCGCUCCAUAAAAAUUCUCCGGUGUCAAUGCGACUUCGGCCGCGCGCUUGCAUAUUUUAAUCUUGGUCACCACGAUGAUGCACUCGCAAGCUUCCAGACGGCAUUACAGAUUUCUGGGGGGGACCGCGAGAUUAAAGGACACGUUAGCGUACUGCUCUCUCAGGCCCUGUGGGCAUUGGGCAGUACGGAGUUCCAGGAAACGGCGAAGAAUCAUCUGCUUCAGAGCAUUGCUGAGGACCCAGAAGAUUUAACCGCUAUCAACACGCUCGCCGGUAUGGGCAUCGUUUCCGAGGACAGCAGCCUCGUCGACGCUGCUCUAUCGGAACUACUCUCAAUGUCCCUGGAUAAGCGGCAGCAACUGGACCCCGGACGGGAGGUGCCGUACCUUCUGCUUCAACACCAUCUCGGUCAGAAUGAUGUGAUGGGUGCAAUAUCUCUCGCGCAAGCUGCGGUCGUUGCGGAACCGACACGGCCAGAAUUGAAGCGCAACCUUUCAGUGUUGACCCUGCAACAAGGCGAUUACAGCGCAGCACUGGCUCUGCUUCCGCAAUCUGAAACGGAAACAGCAGACGAGUCACGUAAGUCAACGCCGCUUCGAGCCGUCGCCGUGACACUGGCCGGUGAAGACAACGCGGAAGCUCGAAGGCUGGCCCAGAAGGCGGUGAUGUUGAGUCCGGCGGACAAGCGAAGUUGGGAAGUCCUGGCUCUGCAUUGCCAGCUGCACCAGCCUGGAAACGGGCAUGGAUUCUCGUCCUGAACCGGCUCCAUUCGCCUCGGGAGACUGUUCGCAUGUGCAUAUGACUCUGUCAGGGUGACUCUCGACAUUGGCUCGAAGAACGCAUGAUUGCAAUCGUUUAUGGGCCGAUUCGCCGAGGUUCGUUGGUGAACGGAGUUGAUAGGGAAAGAAGGUUGCAUUGUCCAGCGUGGCUUCUUGUCACGGAAACACCCCGGUUGCUUGUCCAACAUCUCUCGUGGUUCUGAAACGUUGGAAGUUCG